AUGGUUGGAAUGCCAUUUUUUGAUGGCGAAUUUAGUUGCGAUGUAAACACGGAGCUGUUUGCAGUGCAACAGAAAAUUAUUGAGUGUCACGGUGGCACAACAACCUGCGGCUUUCGCAUGUGGUUGGGUCGCGUGGAGCCUGGGCUAAUAGUGCGCGAUGUGAGGCAAACUCUGUUUGAGGCCUUUUUAUUGGAGCACGAACCUGCCCAAUCUACUUCACUGGCCGAUGGUGAAAUGACGCAUCACGUCGUUGUACAUUACGACUAUGACGCCCCUGCGACUUCCUGCCCCUUAUUGAAAUUAAGCUUGGGGGAUUACAACGCCAAGGAUAGUGGCAAAAGACUAAGCGGUUGUCAAUGCUUCCCACUCUGUACGCAAUGA